UGUGCGACUGAAAGCGUCUAAGCGUCUAUUUCGCGGAUAGUUACUCAAGUCCAUAUUUACGCGCUUACAUAGCUACAUAAGUAUAUAGUUCAUGCAGUUCAUGCUACAUCGACCGUUUCAAACACGAAUAUGUUCGCAUAAAAUGGACCGCGGGUGGCCAGACGGCUAUUUAACGAUCAGAUAAAUGGGUGUAAAUAAGUGCCGCAAAUGUUUUGAAAAUAGUAAAAAUUUAAAGUGAGGCAGAUAAAUAGAUUCUUCCAAUUGGUAUAUAAAAUCAAAAGCAAUAAAAAGUGAUGAAAUUUAACAUAUUUUAAUCUCGCAUACUCUCGUUAAAGUGCGGCAGCGGAUUUUUUUGCAACAGAUUAUACAGUUAACGCUAAGCAGAGUUUAACUGUGAUUUGACAUCAUGCUCAUUAUACUUGUGGCGCAGGUGCAUGCGCGGUACAGCAAAACCACAUGAGUUUGUAUUCGACGUAUAUCUAGUUGAAUGAAUCUGUAAUGGAAUUCCAUAUGACAGUUCAAAAGCAGCGCUGAACAAAAGCACAUUCCAACAAAUGCUACGCAUAACACGCCAACGAAAUAAAGUGAAAUUUUUCGCGGAAAUCAAAAUCUUAUUCAAGCGUGCAGCUUUUUAUAUUGUUUUUUUGUUUUUGAUACUGUGAUUUCGUUAAUAUGUUUUAUAAAAAAAUAUGUAUGAUAAUAUCGGCUACAGUUGGAAUAUAAAUAUUUCGUAGAGUUCCGUUUUGUUCGUUAUUGUCGUGUUUAUGCGAUUUUGGCGCGGGUUUCCAGCUGAAAAUGAAUUUUGUGGGUCGGCAUGAUCAUCUUGCCGGCGGCUAUCGACGCGUUAAUACAGCAACGUAUGGGUUUCCACUAUUUAGCAAUACGGAUGAAUCGAAGACCUUCGUUAAAGAUAGCCUCUCUUGGAAAUGGCAUAAGGGUUCCCGUGUUAGUACAAUUAAUGAUUGGCUACAAAUUAAAAUUGGCGGCGAUGAGGAGGUGAAGAAGAAAAAGGGCCGACAACAAUUAAACCGCAUUAAAUCCACAAAAUAUACACUAAUUACAUUCCUGCCGCAAAAUUUGCUAGAACAAUUUAGACGUAUAGCGAAUUUUUACUUUCUAAUUAUGACUGUCAUAUCACUCCUAAUCGACAGCCCGGUCUCCCCGUUGACAUCAUUGUUACCGCUGGUUUUUGUGAUCGCAGUGACUGCCGCUAAACAGGGGUAUGAAGAUUUCUUACGAUACAGAACCGAUAAUGUUGUGAAUCGUUCGCCAGUGACUAUCAUACGUAACGGAGAGGAAAUACAUAUACAAUCGCAAUAUGUGUGCCCAGGCGACUUGGUAGUGGUGGAGCGCGAUUGUGAUGUUCCCUGUGAUUUGGUGUUAUUGCGUAGCACCGAUCCACACGGCAAAUGUUUCAUAACGACCGCCAACUUGGAUGGUGAAUCCAAUUUGAAGACGUUGACGGUGCCACGUGAUUUGCCGUUGGCCGAUAUAAACCAGUUGCACAAAUUGGGCGUCAUCGAGUGUGAGAGUCCUAAGACUGAUCUGUAUAGUUUCAAUGGUAAGAUAGAACUGGCCGGUGGCGAGGGGCGUGUGCUGCCACUCUCAACUGACAAUGUACUGUUGCGUGGCUCACGCGUAAAGAAUACCGAAUGCGUGAUUGGGUGUGCCGUGUACACGGGCAUGACUACCAAACUGCAGCUGAACAGCCGGCUAACGCGCAAUAAAGCUGCCUCUAGUGAGAUAUAUGUGAAUCGUUUCUUGGUCGUAGUACUGGUUUUGAUGAUAGCGAUCGUUACUAUGUUAUACUUCUUCAAACGUUAUGAAGAGAUUUUUGUGAUACCUCAGCUUGCAUAUUUGGGUCCUGCCGCUGACGGCUACAGUGUUAAACAAUUUCUGCAAGAUUACCUUUCUUUCUUGAUACUUUUUAAUUACCUCAUUCCGAUAUCGUUGUACGUAACCAUUGAGUUGCAACGUGGUAUUAGUGGGUUGUUCAUGGAGUGGGAUCUCCACUUGUAUGAUGAAGCAACCGACGAACAUUUUAUAGUAAACACAUCCAAUUUAAAUGAAGAACUUGGUCAGAUCAACAUUUUGUUUUCGGAUAAGACCGGCACAUUAACGAAAAACGAAAUGGUUUUCCAACAGUGCUCGAUAAAUGGACGAAAAUAUACAUUUAAAAAGACACGGUUGCUGGAAGAUGGAAGCGGCGCAUUGAUAGAUAUAAACAAGUUCAAUAAAGACCAAAAGAACUUCUUUGAAGCACUGGCUAUAUGUCAUACCGUUCAAGUAGCAGGGGAAUCAAAUGCUGAUGCUGCCUAUGAAAUUGAAACACCUGACAAAGAAAGUAAUGGCAAGAGUGGACUGGCCAAAAUGUAUUCCAUUUCCGAUAUCACCGAGGAGAGUCAUAAUUCCAGUCGACAAAGUGGUGUAGAUUCCGACCAUUCACAAACAGUGGAAACAAGCCUAUCCAAUAAUCCUAAUGGAACAAUAACUGAGGGCAUUAUCUCCAAUAGCAUUAUGAACAUGUCUAAACACACAGGUUUAAAUCGUUCGAAUGGUACAAAUGGUUCAAAUAUGACUUCUGACGUCAAUCCGCUUCUUAACGAAGCAAAUAAAGAAGAGAAACGCAAACGACCGCUAAUUGUAAAACGAAGCCCAAAUUUUACGCGCGUCUCGUCAAGAAUACAUCCGGUAAUAUCAUGUCCAUCCCCAAUGGGGAGUGACGGAGUGUACUCUAUAGAAAUGGUGAGCCGCGCCACUAAUGGAAAUAUGUUAGCAACACCCGGUUCACGACCCACUUCAUUACCCUUCACACGUUCCACAUCAGCCAUCGAUUUGCCAGAUCUAACAGUUGUUCCCUCUCCGACAGGGCACAAGCGGUCGCAGUCUUACGGUGCACAAACUACAUAUUUAACACAACAAGUGCAACAUAGCGGGAUUGUCAUUCGAACAGCAAGUAAUCUGUCGCGUGAGUCUUAUGCAGCACCUAACUUUCAACGUCAAACAACACUUCUGUUACGUGCGGAGUCGCAGCGUCGCAAGAAUGAGAUCGAACAAGUUGUGCACACCCUCGACUAUCAAGCCUCCAGUCCAGACGAAAAGGCGCUCGUUGAGGCUUCCGCCAAUCUGGGGCUCGUUUAUAUGGGUGAUGAUGAUGAGGUUUUACGAAUACGUGUCGUUCCUCCACACAUGGAUUAUUCACGACCUUUUACCGUUGGUAAAGUUAACGAAAUACAUUUCAAUCGAUUGCACGUACUGGAAUUCACUUCUGAUCGUAAACGUAUGAGUGUGAUUGUAAAAGACGAGAAUGGCACCAAAUGGAUUUACACAAAAGGUGCAGAAAGUUAUGUGUUCCCGCUUUGUGCCAACAAUCAGUCGAAUAUUGUGUCCCGAACCGAUGCGCACAUAAGCGAUUUCGCAAGGCAAGGUCUGCGUACAUUGGCCGUAGCGAGACGACGGGUUGGUGAUGACGAGUAUCGCACCUUCAUUGACGAAGUGAAUGAGGCAAACAGUUCGUUGGAAAAUCGAAAGGAGUUGUUGGAACAGACCUAUGCAAAAAUCGAGUGCAAUCUAGAGUUACUGGGUUCCACCGCAGUCGAAGAUGCUUUACAAGAUGAUGUCGCUGAUACACUAAUCUCACUGCAAAAAGCCGGUAUCAAAAUUUGGGUUCUAACCGGUGAUAAGGUCGAAACGGCACUUAACAUAGCUCUGUCUUGUGGUCACAUACCUGCUGACGCUAUCAAGUACUUUAUAAUCGAUUGUAGAUCGAAAGAGGAUAUACUGGUGCACUUGAAUGCGUUGGAUCGUGAAAUUGUAUUCGGAAUUGGUGCACAGUGCGCGCUACUAAUCGAUGGAAAAAGUUUAGGCAUCGCAUUGAAUGAGACGCCAGAAAUGUUCCGCGAUGUAGCAGUCAAAUGUACGGCAGUACUUUGUUGCCGCUUAAGUCCAUUGCAGAAGAGUGAAGUAGUAGCUUUACUUAGAACCUCGUCAGAGGAUUACACCACGGCUGCCGUGGGCGAUGGUGCAAAUGAUGUAUCAAUGAUUCAGGAGGCACAUGUGGGUCUUGGCAUCAUGGGAAAAGAGGGUCGACAAGCGGCACGAUGUGCUGAUUUCUCUUUCGCCAAAUUUUCUAUGCUGAAACGUUUAAUACUUGUACAUGGACAUUAUCAUACGACGCGCCUGUCUCUCUUAGUGCUUUAUUUCUUCUAUAAAAAUAUCAUAUUUAUGGGCGUAAUAUUCCUGUUUCAAUUUUAUACGCUGUUCUCAACACAAUCCGUGUACGACUCUCUGUUUUUGACUCUAUACAACGUGGUCUAUACAGCGUUGCCGAUUUUAUUUAUUUCUCUUACAGAGAAAGAAUACAGCGAGGAGACGCUUUUGAAGCAACCAGAGCUUUAUAAAAAAAAUAUAAACAACAAGGGACUGCACUGGGAGUACUUCAUCGGUUGGAUACUCUUUGCCUUUUACCACACUUUGAUCACCUACUACUUCACUUACUAUGUGUUUUCCACAAACAAUAUUCUACUAAAUAUUGGCCAACCGGCGGAGUUUUCUUGCUUUGGCACUUUGCUCAUUGAAAUCGUUGUUGUUGUGGUCAACUUAAAACUGAUGCUAGAGUCCAAGUACCUGAGUUAUUGGUAUAUAGUGACGAUUGUGGGCUCCAUAUUUGCGUUCAUAAUAACUACUGUUAUCUAUAACUUAAUUGAUUUCGACUACGAUACCGAUAUCUAUUGGGCAUAUAACAAAUUGCUGUGUUCGCUGCCCGUUUGGCUGUUCACUAUAAUCACAGUUAUUGCUUGCCUGUUGCCGGAUUAUGUAAUAAGAAUUAUACCUAGAGUUGUUAAUUUACCGAAACGCAGUUUUUUCCCGAACACGGGACGUUUAAUCAUGCGACGUAACAUACAAUCGACACAUUUAUGAGUUACAGCCCACUACCGUUAUAUAUAAAUCUAUAUCUGUUACCAAACAUUUUUUUAAAACAGUUAUACAUACACAAAGAGUAUAUGUAUAAUAUUUUUGCUAUUAACCUUCGUGUUUUUCAAUUUAACUGUAGACGGUUUUCUUAAUGCUCAGUAUAUAGUUAAUGCAAUGUGAAUAAAAUAAAUGUGCCAGAAUUUUGAGUUAAGAUAUAUUGUAGAUAUGUACGUAUGUACCUUCCAAGUGAUCGCAACCUCGCUUUCUACUUAUAUGUAUCUAAUAUUGUAAACUAAAUUAGCUUUGAGUUUAAGUUAACCCUUAAGAUGAUUACCAAAUAUAAUUACGUGAUUAUUAUUUAUAUUAGUUUGUACAUAUAUAAUAUUAUAUUUAUUAUAUAGCAAGUGUACAUAUUUAUGAAUACAUUUGUUAGUUUGUUAAUUUAUGCCAUGACAACUACUUCAUCCAUGUACAUAUGUAGGUAUAGUAUUAGAACACAAAUUUUUGAAGACGGGAAAAAUAAAAUUGUCAAAAAUGUCAA